AACAUGUUAGGCCUGUUUUAUCAGGGUGUCGUCCGUGGUUCUUCAGUAGCCUACAUGAUUCUGUACAAAGCGCUAAACAACUAUUAUUUAGAUUCCUUGCCUAAAACCAUGGAACUUCCAUAGACAGUUCAUAAGAAGGGAACUUCGGAAAGUUCCUGAACCGGAAAAAGAAAAAAAAAAGGAUGUGGUUGCUAGGAUACAACGACGUAACCAAAACAGGAAAUUAUCCAGCUUCAUUGAAGCCUGUUUCAAUGGUUGUAGUCAAUCUGUCAACUUCUGCGGUUUGCUCAAUUUUUAAUUCGGCUAAAGAAACGAAUAGCUAGGCUACGAAAGAAUGAAUACGAAAACAAAGGUACCACAGGCCCUGAAAGCUAAAGUGAUGCUAUGGACAGAUGUAAGCUACCAUGACAUGGAAGAGAUCGACAAAAUGCAUUCCAUUCCUGAUCUGGAAAGUGCUUUAUGCAGUGCGUUUAAAGUCGACCUACUUGAACCAAAAAGAGGAGUUCUGCUGGAGUUGUAUGUCCAGGCGGUGCUUUUUUGCAGGGAGUGCAACUUCAUAAAGGAACAAACUUCUGUUCUCUUGUCUAUCAUCAAGUCCAUCCAUGAGGCUAACAUAGAAACUCCACUCGACAACAUAGAACAGUGUUUCAAAUACUGCAAGGAUCUACUUCUCUGUCACUCAGUCAGGCGCCCUCCCUUUAGUAUCAACCUCUUCAGCUCUGAGGAGGUGAACUGUAUCUUAAAGUACAUCCAUAACAGCUAUGUGAGACACUACAAACUCUACAAAUAUAUUUUCACCCCACAGGUAAAACUUGAUUUGUCUUUGACUUACUCUGGGAUCUCAGACCAGGAUGAACCUACCAUGGAGGAUUCUUCUGCUCCAGAUUUUGAAAAUGAGAUUAAAAAAGAAACAAAAGCAGCACCAAAGACAGACAGCAAGGCAUCCAUCGAAGAGCCGCAGGGAGCCUCACUCGGUUCAAAAUCAGAACUGAAGGCACUGAUCGAGAAAGAGGUCAGAGAGCAGAUGACGCUUGUGUCUGGACAAUUAGAUCAGCGAAUGAAAGACAUCGCAGAUCAGCACAACAGUGCACAAGAUUCCCCACAGCCCAACCACAAGGCCAAAAAAUAAUGGAUGAGAAAUGUUGGUUUCCAAUGAGCACUCACAAAAUACGACAAUUCAAGCUCAAUGUUAUACAGUUUUAUUGUCAAUGAAACCUUUUUUCUUCAUAUACAGUACAUUUAUAUCUGCAUUUGUACAAUUACUGCAAGGAGGCACUUUCAGGAAAAGUGCUACAUAUUAAACUAAAGAAUGAACUGAGAA